CAUGAGAAGGGCCCACGUGACCGGAGGUCCAAGUCAACAUGGCGGCCCCCACCCGGCGUGGACUUCUCUUCCUGCUUGCGCUGCUGGACUUCCUUUGGGAAGCGUCCGGCAGCAUCGGGGAGGGGGCCUCCCGCGACGACGAUCUGCUGCUGCCCUACCCCCGCGAGCGCCUGCGCCCGGCCCGGGACUGCAAGCCGGUGAUUGCGGGGAGCCUCGAGCACGAGAGCUGGCCCCCGCCUUCCGCAGCCCCCGGAGCCGGCCCCCCGUCGGUGCGCACCUUCGUGUCACAUUUCGGGGGGCGCGCCGUGUCCGGCCACCUGACCCGGGCCGCCGCGCCCUUGCGCACCUUCUCGGUGCUGGAGCCCGGCGGUCCCGGAGGCUGCUCGCAGAAGCGCCGGGCCACCGUGGAGGAGACGGUGCGGGCGGCCACCUGCCACGUAGCCCAGAACGGCGGCUUCUUCCGCAUGAACACGGGCGAGUGCCUGGGGAACGUGGUGAGCGACGGGCGGCGGGUGAGCAGCUCCGGGGGGCUGCAGAACGCGCAGUUCGGGAUCCGCCGCGACGGGACCCUGGUUACCGGGUACCUGUCUGAGGAGGAGGUGCUGGACACUGAGAACCCAUUUGUGCAGCUGCUCAGCGGGGUUGUCUGGCUGAUUCGCAAUGGGAGCGUCUACAUCAACGAGAGCCAGGCCGCCGAGUGCGAUGAGACACAGGAGACAGGUUCCUUCAGCAAGUUUGUGAACGUGAUGUCAGCCAGGACAGCUGUGGGCCAUGACCGUGAUGGGCAGCUGGUGCUCUUCCAUGCAGAUGGACAGACGGAGCAGCGAGGCAUCAACCUGUGGGAGAUGGCGGAGUUCCUGCUGAGACAGGGUGUGGUCAACGCCAUCAACCUGGACGGGGGCGGCUCUGCCACGUUUGUGCUCAAUGGGACCCUGGCUAGUUACCCGUCAGAUCACUGCCAGGACAACAUGUGGCGCUGUCCCCGCCACGUGUCCACCGUGGUGUGUGUACAUGAGCCUCGCUGCCAGCCACCUGACUGCAGUGGCCAUGGGACAUGCGUGGAGGGCCACUGCGAGUGUGAGGGGCGCUUCUGGCGGGGCGCCGCUUGCAACGAGCUGGACUGCGGCCCAGCCAACUGCAGUGGCCACGGGCUGUGCACAGAAGCUGGCUGCCGCUGCGACGCUGGAUGGACGGGGUCCAACUGCAGCGAAGAGUGUCCCCUUGGCUGGUAUGGGCCAGGCUGCCAGAAGCCUUGCCAGUGUGAGCACCAGUGUCCUUGUGACCCCCAGAUGGGAAACUGUAGCAUCUCUCAAGUGAAGCAGUGUCUGCAGCCAUUGGAGGUCACCCCGAGGGCAGGAGAGCUCUCCUUUUUCUCCAGGACCAGCUGGCUGGCCCUCACCCUGACCCUGGUGUUCCUGCUCGUGCUCAGCACUGUGGCCAAUGUAUCCUUCCUGCUGAGCACCAGGGCAGAGAGGAACCGGCACCUGGAUGGAGACUACGUGUACCACCCACUGCAGGAAAUGAAUGGGGAGCUCCUGGCCACCGAAAAGGAGCAGCCUGGGGACACCCACAACCCCUUCAGGGACUGACUCCAGAGCCACCCAGGUAGCCUGUCCAAAGGCUCAUAUCUGCACGAUCCAGCUUCGGCAGGGGCGCGUCCAGAGCCACUGAUGGGGGCCCUGCAGGUGGCUUCUGCCCCCAGCACUGCAGCCAAGCUCCUGAUGGUAGCUGUGCCCCAGCCUUCACCUGUCUGCUGUGGCGCGUGCCACCCCAGCAAUACAAUGUCCCAGAGAGACCACACCUGCUUCCCCACCUGCCUGUAUCUGCUGCUCAGAGACCUGUCCCCUAGGGGGCCUGUGCCGCUGCCAGAGAGGCCCCAGUCUCACUGAUGGAGUUGUGGUGGGCCAAUCCCAGCCACUGCACCGCACAGGGGUGAGUUACAGGUCUGAGUCUCCCUUUCUGGCUGCGUCAUGCUGACCUCAUCACAGAUUUGCUGGCUAGAAUUGUCUUGCCGGCAUAGGAAGCUCCUCAGGAGAAGGACCAGCAGGAGGGAUGGUGUCGCCCAGCUUAUAGACCUGCUGUUUCGUCUUCCUACUGCCAGAGGAUUUUUCUAUCACUUGAAUAAAUUGGUACUAAACUGUCACCAGGAAA